AUGUUCAAAAGCCUAACUAGACAACAAGUAUUAUCAUUAAAUAAAGCUACUGCCGCUACUACAUCCCCAAAGACUUUAUUCAAGAUGCCUAUCUUAGCCGCCAAGAAACCAUUCUCCACAAGCACAGCCAAGGGUGAGACUUAUAAAUUACAAUCACAAUUGCCCAAAUUGCCAGUUCCUGAAUUGCAAGAAACUGCCGCCAAGUACAUCAAAUCCAUUGAACCGUUUUUGAAUCCUCAACAGUUACAAGAUUCAAAAGCCAAAGUUGAAGAAUUUAUUAGACCAGGUGGAGCCGGUGAGCAAUUGCAACAAAGAUUGAAUUCUUUUGCUAAAGACAAAGACAACUGGUUGGCUGAAUUUUGGGAUGAUUACGCUUACUUGUCAUACAGAGACCCUGUUGUUCCAUUUGUCUCAUAUUUCUUUUCUCACAAGGAUAUCAGGAAUGUUGUUGGUCAAGAUCAAUUGUUGAAGGCUACUUUGAUUGCCUACCACACCAUUGAGUUUGCUGAACAAGUUCAAAAUGAAACUUUGCAACCAGAAGUUAUCAAGGGAAACCCAUUUUGCAUGAAUGCGUUCAAGUACAUGUUUAACAAUUCAAGAGUUCCAGCUGAAGGAUCGGAUGUUACUCAGCAUUAUGAUGCUAAUGCCAAUAGAUUUUUCGUUGUUGUAUACAAAAACAACUUUUACAAAGUCCCUACUCAUUCCGAACAAGGACAAAGAUUGUCCAAGGGAGAAAUUUACCAGCACUUGCAGCAAAUCAAGAAUGAUCCAACUCCAAAAGGAUUACCAGUUGGAGCCUUGACUUCGUUGAAUAGAGAUGAAUGGUUGAGCGCUUACAACAAUCUUUUGAAAUCGCCAAUCAAUGAAGCUUCAUUGACUGAUAUUUUUGCUUCUGCAUUUGUUGUCUGCUUGGACUCAAACAAUCCAAUCACUAUUGAAGAAAAAUCCAAAAACUGCUGGCAUGGAGAUGGACAAAACAGAUGGUUUGAUAAACCGUUGGAGUUUUUCGUUAGCGCCAAUGGUAACUCUGGUUUCCUUGGUGAGCACUCUAGAAUGGAUGCUACACCAACUGUUCAAAUGAACAAUACCAUUUUGAAGCAAAUUGCCGAAACCAAUCCUGAUGAAUUGAUUUCUGAAAUUGCCACUGUUGCUCCUAAAGUUGGUAAAGCCGACAUUUUACCAUUUGACUUGAACCCUACUUCGAGACAAAAUAUCGCUUCGGCAGUUGCUAAAUUUGACGCUACUAUUGCUGCUCACGAUGAAGAGAUUUUCCAACAUUACGGAUACGGUAAGAACUUGAUUAAGAAAUUCAAGACUUCACCAGAUGCCUAUGUUCAAAUGUUGAUGCAAUUGGCAUACUACAAGUUGACCGGUAAAGUUAGACCAACUUAUGAAUCAGCAGCCACUAGAAAAUUCUUAAAGGGAAGAACCGAGACUGGUAGAACCGUUUCCAAUGAAUCCAAAAAGUUUGUUGAGACUUGGACCAACCCCAAGGCCAGUAUCGAAGAGAAGGUUGCCACUUUCCAAGCCGCAACCAAGCAACACGUUGCCUAUUUGUCUGCAGCUGCCGAUGGUAAAGGAGUUGAUCGCCACUUGUUUGGUUUGAAACAAAUGUUGAAACCAGGCGAAGAAGUUCCUGCCAUUUUCACCGAUCCAAUCUUCACUUACUCUCAAACUUGGUACAUUUCAUCAUCACAAGUUCCAUCUGAGUACUUCCAAUCCUGGGGUUGGUCGCAAGUGAUCGAUGAUGGAUUUGGAUUGGCUUAUUUGAUCAAUAAUGACUGGAUUCAUGUUCAUAUUUCAUGCAAGUAUGGAAAUGGAUUGAGUUCUGCUCAAUUGAAAUGGUUCCUUGUUGACAGUGCUAAUGAAAUGCAAGAUGUUUUGGUUAAGGGAUUAUUGGGAGAUAAGGCUAAGUUGUAA